AACAAAAGAGUUUCUCUGUCUUCUUUCAAUCUCUUUAACGAUUAAGUAUGUGUAAUCAAAUCUUCUGGUAAUAUUUGUUAAUAAAGUGGGAGAUUUGGAUCAUAUAUAUAGGAAUUUGUCUGUAUUCUUAUAGAUUUCUCCGUUGGUCAUCUAAUUGGUCGCUCCGUUGAGGUUUUAAAUCGAUUCUCGGUGUAUGCUGAGAUUGGAUCAGCUCAUUUUCUGCGUAAGUUUUGUUCGGGAGGAAACAAGACAAAGCGCCAAGCAAUUCUUCGAAAUUUAGUUUUCUAAUAUAUAAAUUCUUCUUAGGUAGCAUUGUUUCAAUGGGAUGUGCAAAUUCAAAGAAAUCGCGAUGUCAGCGCUGCAAAAAUCCCUAUAUUCAAAGCUCCUCUGUAGCCGUUUAUCAACCAGUUCGACGUAGUAAAGCCGGCAAAGGUACCGAUCAACAUUUUGUUGCUUUAACUUCUACAACAAUUGGCUCUCUUCAUUUUGACUCGCUGGAUCAAAGCCAUAACCAUCUUAAUCACAACAAAUGCAAACAAGAGCACCAGGAGAGGAACACCAACAGCAGCAGUAACAACAAGAAGAAUCUCAUCAAUAAAGAUCGCAGUAGUAAGAAGGAAAACAAUGGAAUGCCCAAGGAUGUCAUCAUCCAAGAUAAGGUUUCGUCCGAGGUUCGUAAAAUCAUCCCGAAAACACCAACAAGAACGCCGCCUGGUGAACCGGAAAACAUUAACACUUGGGAGUUGAUGGAAGGAUUAGACGAAGCCAAUCUAGUACCUGACCAUUGCUUUUCCUUCCAUAAUGUAUUUAACCAAACAAAUUUCUAUCAGUCCAACCAUAGGUUACAAGAAGCUGGUCUUGAAUCCCCAAAACCCUUGUGGCUUGAGAUGGCGAAUAAGGAAUCAAGUAUACAGUCGAAUUCGAUCAUUUCGGAUUUUGAUCCAGACAUCAUCAACACAUUCAGAAAAGCACUAGAAGAACUUUCUCCAAGGACUUCGUUUAAACUCCGGACAUCAGGUGCAACUUCUCCAUGCAAUAAUACAUUGUUGACGAAGGAUUCCACAAUCGAAACCAAGAACAAGGUACAAAGUACUAAUGCAGUUGGACAAACUAAAUUCCCACCAUUUGGGCAUGACAAGGUGGUUAUCUAUUUCACCAGUCUGAGAGGCGUAAGAACGACGUACGAAGAUUGCUGUUACGUGAGGAUGAUACUGAAAGGCUCGGGAUUUCGUAUAGACGAGAGGGAUGUUUUGAUGCACAAGGAGUUUAGGGAGGAGUUGAUCGAGUUACUUGGAGAUGAGUGUAAUGGGAAACUACCCAAAGUUUUUGUUAAGGGAAUGUACCUCGGUGAUGCCGAGGUGGUGAGACAGAUGCACGAGGAUGGGAAGCUGCAAAACAUUUUAGAAGGUUGUGAGGUGGGUGAGGAAGGAGUUUGUGAAAUGUGUGGUGAUGUUAGAUUUAUUCCCUGUGAAAGUUGUUCAGGGAGUUGCAAGAUCUAUUGCGAGGAAGAGGAUGAUGAUGGCGGGAUUGAAAUUGGAGGAAACGGAGUGUUUCAAAGGUGCCCUUACUGUAAUGAAAAUGGGAUUGUUAGGUGCCCUGUAUGCUGUCAUUAUUAGAUAGAAAAAUUGAUUAGUUUUUGUAGU